CGGUGACAGAUGAGUUCAAACUUAAAUCGUGUCAACUCAGAACAGAAAACCCACAGUCAGUUCCUGUUGUGCAAAGAUGGAGACGGAGAAGGCGCAGGAGAGGAAGCCCGUGCGCCUGAUCGCGGCUGCGUGUCACGGUCUGGGCAUCGGGAAAGAUGGAACUCUGCCCUGGAAUUUACCGUCAGAAUUCCAGUACUUUCUCAAAAACAUCACUGGAGUUUCUGAACCAGGCAAAAAGAACAUGUUGAUUUGGGGAAAGCGCUGUUGGUUUUCCAGUCCAGAAGACAUGUUCCCAGUGGCCAAUACUCUCCACGUGGUGCUGAGUAACACACUGGAAUCGGCUCCAAAACACGCCCACUUUCUGUGUACGGAUUUUGAGAGCGCUGUGCUCCUGGCCUCGCAGCCUCCGCUCAGUGACAUCGUGGAGACCAUCUGGGUUGUAGGAGGCACUCGGGUUUAUAAGGACGCUAUGAUGCAUCCCUGGUGUGACCUCAUCUUUCUGACCAACGUCAUGGCGGCGUUUGACUGUGACGUUUUCUUCCCAGAGUUUGACAAAAGUGUUUUUCAGCUGCAGGACAAAUUCGAUGGCGUGCCAAGUGAAAUUCAAGAGGAAAACGGGAUACGGUACAAAUUUGAAGUUUUCAAGAAAAAAGACGGACAUGUAGAGAAGAACCACGGCUGAGAGUUUGUGUGGAGGGAGAGUUUUACAGCUCACGUGGAACAAAACUCACUUUAAGAUGUUAAUUUGCCAAUGGAUUUUAAAUUACACACCGGUCAGAAGUUUGGACACGCCCUCUCAUUCAGUGUUUUUAUUUUAUUUUUACUACUAUUUUAUAUUUAAACCUUCAAAGUAGCCGCGCUUUGCUUUGUAGGAAAACAUUUAGUCGACUUAUUUCACUUUUUUCUUUACAUAAUUCCAUAAACCUACUACACUCGUCAAAAGUUUGGACACGCCCUCUCAUUCAGUGUUUUUAUUUUUUAAUAUUUACUACGACAUUUUAUAUAUAAACAGAAGACAUUAGAUAGAUAGAUAUAUAUUAGUAUUCAUUUUAUCUGGUUAUUACAUUCAAAAUCAAACAUUAUUCAACUUGUAUAAGGUUGUACGUGACAUUUAUCAUGACUCAAAGUGUUUAGGCUGAAGUAAAAAUGACUUAAAAUGCCUAACACUAUUUAAUAUUUAAUAAUAACGCACAAAUGAGUCAAUAUGUAACAAAAGAAAAACUACAAACUACAACAUUUUACAUGAAUCACUCCUGUAAUGUUCAAAAAGUCAUGUACCUCUUUUUAAAUGCUGCUUUUGUGUAGGAGCUUUUUAAUUUAUCAUCCAGUUUGUUCCACACACUAACCCCUGAAACACAAAUACAAUGACGUUUUUACUGGUUCUAGUCUUAAUUUUUUGGAAUAUAUCUGUUCGUUUAAGAUGAUAUUGACUCUUUCUGUUCGAGUAACAUCUGUAAACAAAGAGGAGCUUAUGAUUAUCUUCCUUAUACGUCAUUACGACUGUUCACAAAUCAACAAGAUCAGAUAAUUUUACUAGUUUUAACUUAACAAAAACAGGAUUUGUUGGUGCGAGAUCGUCUGCUCGGUGAACUAUUCCAAUGACCUUCUUUUGGAGUAGAAAAACUGAUUUUAUAUUAGAUUUAUAAUUUCUACACAAUAAUUCAAAUAUGUUAGAUGUACGGCAUUAUGUAGCAAAGAACAACAUUUAAAUAACGCUACUAUUUUUUUUUUAUAUUUUAUAUUUAAACCCUCAAAGUAGACACAUUUAGCUUUGCAGAAAAACAUUUAGUGCAUUUAUUUCACUUUUUUCUUUAGAUAAUUCCAUAAAUAUACAACACUAGUCAUUCAGUGUUUUUUUAUUUUUUAUUUUUAUUUACUACGUUUGACAUUUUCUAUACAAACAGAAGACAUCAGAUAUAUGAAGAAAAAUGUACGGCAUCAUACAGCAAAAAGCUAAAUUUAAAUAAUUCUACUAAAUAUUUUUUGAGAAAGCAAAAGGUGGAUAUUUUGAGCAUUUGAAAUAAAAAAUAAAAACAUUUAAUAGUGAUUCAAGUGCUUUUCUUUGCAACAUAAUCCCAUAUAUCUCGCUUCAUAUACUCGAUGUCUUCCAUAUGUAUCUAAAACGUAGAAGAAAACGUAAAAAAAAACAUUUAAUGAGUAGAUUGUGUCCAAACCUUUGACGGGUCGUGUAGAUAUUUUACUUAAACACUGCACUUUUGAAUCCUACGCUCACUCCAAACGUCUGCGCUCGACGUCUCGGGUUGUGCGUGUUACUAGUGUGGGCCGUCAUCUCGAACGCCUCCUCGGUCACAUCACAGCUGCAGUGAGAAUAUGUUUGUUUAUGAGUCAGACGCCGCCUGUGUUACUGCACCAGGUCUGUGUCAGAGCCAAGCGCACAGAUGGUGAACGCACACUGUUCUGGGAGAUUAUGUUGAUGUAUUGUGUGUAAAAUGUGUGUAAAAUAAACUACUGUCAAACUGAAUGAGAAGGAAGGAGAUAAUUUGUACCACGUUACAACAAAUACUAGUGUUAAUUAAAUGUAAAAUAUGCAUUAUGUGGAAAAAACUAAUUAUUUUCCUAGCUGCAAUGCCUACUUCUUCCACUAGA